AACCGAGAGUGAGAUCUGGAGCCAAUGAGUGGCGAGAUCGCAGCUGCGUGGGUGACGUGCUGAAACGUCUGUGCGUACGCAAAGCUCGCGUGCCCUUGGAGUACUGUAUCAAUCAAGCUCGUGCAGCAGAGUUUGAUUUAAACACAGGAUGGGUUUUCUGCUCUCUAAAUCAAUGGAGCAGAACUUCCAGAAACAGCAGGAGUUCAUGCUGCUCAACGCUCGACUGCAGCUGGAGCGUCAGUUACAGAUGCAGAAUCAGAUGCGUGAGCGUCAGAUGGCCAUGCAGAUCGCCUGGUCCAGAGAGUUUCUCAAGUACUUCGGCUCUUUAUUUGGUUUGGUGACGCUGGGUCUCAGCAUCGGAGCCAUGAAGAAGAGGAGAGCUGCAUUACUGGCUCCUGUCAUGCCUCUGAGUUUUAUUAUGGCCUAUCAGAUGGACAUGGCGUACGGCUCACUCAUUCAUCGCAUGAGAGAGGAAGCAGAGAGCAUCAUGGGAUCUGAGAGCAAGCGUUUGGAAAUGCCUCAUGGGAUGCCGACGUUUGAGAGUAUCGAGAAAUCUCGCCGAGCAAAAUCUCCGCUCUCAUCUGUACUGGAGAAAUGAUCCUGACCUCCCAAAAAAAACUUCAGCUCAUCUGAUCAUCACAAACAGUUAAAGAAGAAUGACACGCGCACACACAUCAACUGAAUCUUGUCAUGCGUCUGUGUGCAUUUCUUUAAUACUCUCCACACAUUCAGGCCAACACUUUAUUUACAUUUGACACAGAAAGGCGACACAACUACAGUUUGCUUAUUCAAUGAUAACAUCUUUUGCUACACACUUGAUGUGCUUUUCACUUUUAUUAUAAGGGAACAUCCGACUGACAAACAAUAUUAAAACUGAUUGAAUGUCUCUUUAUCAUGUUUGUUUUAUGAUGAAUUUCUUUUUGUGAGAGUUUGAGAGAGAUCACAUUUAAGCGUUGUGAUUUUACUAAAUGCCCUUCGGUAAUGAUU